UCUCACAAUCGAGAAUACUUUUAAUGAAACAUUAUUGCAGUAUCGAUAAUUUAACAUUACCAGUGGAAGCUGCUAUUACCGAAGAACGAGAAAAACUAGGAUAUGUUAACAUACCUGAAAGAAUUUUAGAUAAUGUUUCAUUGGAAACAAUUAAAGUAUUAAAAAUGUUAUCCAAAGAAGCUUCAGUAAAACCUAGAAAUCAAAAUGGCAUUCCUAUUAAAUAUGACAAACCAAAAUCGAUUGAUAAUAAUUUAAUAAAACCAUAUGAAGAAUUUCUAGUUUAUAUCAGGGUAUAUGAGCCAUUUAAAAGCCAACCUCGUUCUCUUAAGUAUAGAACAAAUAUACCUACUCUUAAACUUAAGAGUGUUGUAUCAAUAUUAGGAAGCCAAACUUUUUAUGAAUUACGUCAAAAGAUAAUGUGUCAAUCUGACCUGUCAAUUACAAAAGAAAUUAGUGAAAAUCCAAAUCAAAGACCUGAAUCCAUGGCAAAAGAUGUUUACCCAUCAGGAUUCUUUUAUAUUGAAGACACAUUUUAUAAUGAUAUUAGCAUACCAACUAACGUUGAUUAUAGUAAUAUUAUAUUGGAUUGGGCAGCAGCUCAUAAUAUAGGUCCAUUUGAAAUUGCCACUAUGGAUGCUCCGAUAAAUUCUCUUUAUACAAAGUUUGGUUUUCCAUGGGUAUAUCAGCAUCAAGGUUGUUGUGAACACUUAAUUGUUUUAACUGAUGCCAGGUAA